UUCUAGCACAAGCUACUAAUUAAUCCCCUUUCAUACUAGUGUUUCUGUAACAACUUCAACUUGAAGUUUCACUCACAAUUUCCACAUGGAAUUGGAUAAUUUUGGUAUGGAUUUUGAGGACUACUUUCCAUCCAUGAUUGGAAGUUUAGGAGCAGAAGGGUUUAUUGGAGAACUUUGCAAUGGGUUUCGUUUGCUCAUGGAUGUUAACAAAGGUCUCAUAACAUUUGAGAGCUUGAAGGUGAAUUGUUUCAUGCUUGGUUUGGAGGUUAGGGAUGAUGAACUCUUGUCCAUGCUAAUGGAAGGUGAUUUGGAUGGAGAUGGUGCUUUGAAUCAAAUGGAGUUUUGCAUUCUCAUGUUUAGGUUGAGUCCAUGUUUAAUGGAUGGACCUAAAAUGUGCACCAAUACUCAUCAAGGUGUGCAAGGUGUGGUGGAUCCAAUGUUAAUGUAACUCAACUUUACUAUCUAACCUCUCUUUUGGCUAGCUUUAUCUCUAGAAUUUAAUUUUAUGCUAUGUUACUAUAAAUAUUUGUGUUAAAUUGGUCAUGAAUUUUCGGUGUAGAAAAUUUAUAUUGUCAGCACAUCACAACUAUUAUGAUUUUAAAAUCAAACAUAUUUAAAUAUCUAACGAUUGUGAUCGACUGACAGUGUAAAUUUUUUCACGGUGAUAAUAUAUAUAUCAAUUAAAUUUUAAAUAUUUUAUGUUGUCAAUAAAUCAUAACUAUAAAUAUUCGACUUUAAUCAUAAAUAAUUGUAAAGUCGAGAAUAUUGAUUAUGAUAUAUUGAUAAUGUAUAAAAUUAAAUUCUUCUCUCUAUUUCUCUUAUCUAGUAACAUAACAUUUAUCCUUGUUAAGAGAAUUGAGAGAGAGAAAAAGUUAGUUAAAAGAAUAUUAUUGUAACUCUUUAAUUAGUCUUUGUAAUCAAUGUUCCAAAAAUAAAUGUCUUUGUAACUUUAUAUUUGUUUCAAAUAUAACAAUGAUUAAUCAUUGCUUUGAA